AUCAUUGUAACUCAGUUUCAUAAAAACAUCAAAACCGAACCUACUUUCUUCCCAAAACAGCAAAGAAUUUAACACAAACGUUAAUAAAAUUUGUAACCGCACAAAUUCGUAUAGUUUGAACGAACACACUCCAGUUUCUCAAUUUUCGGCGCUGAAGUUUUCUUGAGGUUUAUAUGCUAUUGUUGAAACUAUUGGGGCAAAUUUACUUAGGCCGAUUAUUAGGAUCUCGUCGUAUCACGCAUAAUUGUUCGAUCUGAGAUUGAAGUAUGGAUUCUCAGCAACUUUAUAGAUUCAGUAUGACAAGUAGUGCAGGAUUACCUAACAUGUCAUCUUUUUCCACUUUUCCAUCACUACAAAAUGGUUUGCUUGGUUCGUUGAAAGUUGGCAUUGGAAACUCGCCUGAUUCGCCUUUUUCAUCUCAUUUUGAUUCUGAUAAUCUUUCUGCAUUUAGUGACAACUACGAGCAACAGAACUCGGGUGAAACGCUCUCUGGUAUAAGCGUAUCGUAUAACUCAGCGCUGGAAACUAACCGUUAUUUGCAUAAAUCGGUUUCAUCGGUCGACAAUCUCAAGGGAAGUUUGCAGUUGUAUUCAGCUAGAAGAUCUCUUCCGCCGAGUUGUAACCAGAUAGUUCAACACGCGUUGUUGGAACUAGAAACUGCGCUGAUGGCUCCCGAUGAUAACGAAGUUACUGCAUCUAAUUCUUCAUUGGGUGAGAGCAUCAAGGAAACGGCAUCUGGACCGAGAUAUAGAUCAUGGGGCCAUGUGAGUCAAGGGUCACAAUAUAUUCAAAAUCAACCGUCACAUGCUACUAGUAGUAGUAGGCAAUCGAAUGAAGUUGUGCAUGUAGAAAAACGUCGAAAGUUGGAGGAGGAGUCAUCUCUACAAGCGUUCCCGUCAGGUGAUUUAAAGCAAUUACUGAUUGCAUGUGCCAAAGCCAUGGCUGAAAACAACAUACAAGAUUUCAACCGAUUGAUAGAAAUGGCUAGAAAUGCCGUGUCUAUCAAUGGGGAGCCAAUCCAGAGGCUCGGUGCUUAUAUGGUAGAAGGGCUUGUUGCGAGGAAGGAAGCAUCGGGGAAUAGCAUCUAUCGUGCUCUUAAGUGUAGAGAGCCUGAAGGCGAAGAAUUACUCACUUACAUGCAUCUGCUUUACGAGAUCUGUCCCUACUUGAAAUUUGGUUACAUGGCUGCGAAUGGAGCCAUUGCUGAAGCUUGUAGGAAUGAGGAUUACAUACACAUCAUAGACUUUCAGAUUGCUCAAGGAACUCAAUGGAUGACACUUCUUCAAGCUCUUGCUGCAAGACCUGGCGGGGCUCCCCACGUGCGGAUCACAGGAAUCGACGAUCCAGUCUCUAGAUAUGCUCGUGGACAUGGACUAGAAGUAGUCGGGAAAAGAUUGGCCUUGAUGUCAAAGAAAUUCGGCAUCCCAGUUGAGUUUCACGGGAUUCCUGUUUUCGGUCCCGAUGUGACAAGAGACAUGCUUGAUAUCAGACAUGGAGAGGCUUUGGCAGUGAAUUUUCCAUUGCAACUCCAUCACACAGCUGAUGAGAGUGUUGAUGUGAAUAAUCCAAGAGAUGGACUUCUAAGAUUGGUGAAAUCUCUUUCUCCCAAGGUGGUCACACUCGUCGAGCAGGAAUCAAACACAAACACAACCCCUUUCUUCAACAGGUUCAUAGAAACAUUAGAUUACUACUUGGCAAUCUUCGAGUCAAUCGAUGUCACCCUCUCGAGAAACAGCAAGGAGAGGAUUAACGUGGAGCAGCAUUGUUUGGCUCGCGAUAUCGUCAAUGUCAUUGCUUGUGAAGGAAAGGAAAGGAUCGAGCGGCACGAACUGUUCGGCAAGUGGAAGUCUAGGCUGACAAUGGCCGGAUUUACUCAAUGUCCUUUGAGUUCUUAUGUGAAUUCUGUUAUAAGAAGUCUUCUGAGAUGCUAUUCAGAGCAUUAUACAUUAGUGGAGAAAGAUGGAGCCAUGUUGUUGGGGUGGAAGAACAGAAAUUUGAUAUCAGCUUCAGCUUGGCAUUGAUGAAAGACAUAUAGAGAUAAGAAAUAGUAUAAUAAUUGAGAAAUAACAUGAUGAUGGAAGCCACAAGGUUUGUGUUGAUUUCCAGUGCUACGUAUCCAUUAUCAUUGUCUUAAAGGUCUAUGUUCUUUAAGAAUGUCUAUAAAUAGUAUGGUGUAGUAGUUAUGUAAUAAUAUUGAUUCUUUUAAUAGUAUGUUUCUUUGGUUUUGUAGACA